AAAAAUCAGACCACCCCUAUUAUAACAAGUGUAACAGGCCGUCAGUAGGAUGAAUGGACCGAAGGGCGCCGAAUUCGUCUGCCCGUGAUGUUUUCAUGUUUGUUGUGGGAAUACUUGAUGUAACGGCGAAGCUGCUCCUCCAACCGUGUCUACACGGUAGUGCCGCUAUAUGGGCCUGUUCAGAUGGUGGUGUCGGGACUGUGAGUGAAGAAAACACAGCUGAAACCCGCCAAUAUGGAGAACGCCUGGACUGAGGUGAACCAGUUGUUGAAGGAACAUGGCCUGCCUGUCAUAGUUCCUGUACAACCUGGCCAUCUGUCUACUGAUGUGACAGUGCUUGACAGUGCCACAGCUCAGUCACUACGAGACAGCCUAAAGAGCCUGAUGCAAGACUGCGACCGCCGCCAGGUCCUCAUUCAGGACCUGAUCCUGACUAACAACCAGCUCAAAGAGAAGGUUGGCAGGACAACUGUUGCAGAACCAUCACAACAACUGGAGCAGCUACAAAAACAACUCAAGGAGUCACAGACAAUAGCUAAGACUUUAGACAGAGAGAAGACAGAGAAGGAACGUCAGCACAGAAGUGAAGUCCAGCUACUGGAGGACAGACAGAACACGUUAGACCAGCGAUGUCGUGAGUUGGAGACUACAGUACAGGAACAACGCCAGCGCAUUCAUAAGAUGAAGGCCAAGAUCAAACUAGCAGUACAUGAGGAGGAAAAGAGACUACAUUCCCAGGCAGGUCAACCUCAAACUACCAGCACACAUGGUGUUGGGGAAGAAAGAGAAGAGGGCGUGACAGAAGAUAUAUUAAGUACUGCUGACUCCCCCAACUUUGACACCACUGUUAACUACAAGGCUCUACUCAAGUCCUACGAGUUUCAGCUGGAAGAGAAACAGAAGCAGGUGGAACAGGUGACAGCAGAGAACAAGCAGCUGCAGGUGCAGAUUAACCAGCUGCAGGAGGAACUCAACACCAGACCACAGAGAAAAGAGUUACAGUAUGUGCAGCACAGACUGACCAAGGCAGAGAAACUUUUGGAUCAAAACAACCUCAGCUUGUCUAACAGAAGAAGCAGACACCACAAAGAUGAGUCCAGGAGUCUGAGUACAGAAGUGUCCGACAUUCCCCACCUGCCUAUAGAUGUGUGCAGACAAUGGCUACAGGCGUUUGCCAGCCGUCUAAAAGUAGAUGACCUUCAGGAGGGUCUGAGGCACAUCCGUGCCCUUGAGAAUACAGCAGACAGAGUGAGUGGGCUGGAGAAGUUUGCGGAUGAGGUGAAGUCUAUAGUGGAAGACAAGCGAGCCCCUGUACUGGAGAGCAGACAGACAGGACACAGCCAUGCUGCCUGGUGUGAGAAGUCCUACAGAAACCUGCUACCUAAACUCAAACUCUGGCUACACAGUCUGGCUGGGAUCAAGCAUCUGCAAGAUUCUGUUUCCCACCUGGCUGGAGUGGUGAUUCCUUGGGACACGUCUUUUCAGACUGUGCCGGAGGGAGAGGCUUGUUUGAGCACAACUGACAUCGCAAGGAGCAUUGACGACAUCACCAAGAAAGUCAAACAAGCUCCACAAAUCAAGGGGACGGAGGAUGCUCCUAGCCUUGCAGUGCUGCAGACAAUGGUUGGACACUUCCAGAAGCUGUUUGAUGUGCCAAAACUAAAUGGGGUUUAUGUCAGGAUGAACCAAGUGUACAGCAGGCUGGGGGAGAUGCAGAACAUGAUGAACUCUCUCAGGGAAGCCUUGAAGCUUGACAGAAGUGCCAGUUGCCAGACAGUUGUAGACAGAGUAGUUGACCUGUGUGAGGCCCACAGCAGCACCACAGCCCAACAGUUGUACAGUCUGCUUCACACUAGCAGUCUGGACAGUGUUUUAGACAGACUGCAACAGUAUGAUAAGUUCUUCCCAGCAUUCCACCAUCUUGUUCAGCAGCUGCAGAGCAUCUUGGAAAUUGACACCAUGGACCGCAUAGUGCCAGCUGUGAGGGCCCUAAAGCUGCUGUCAUAAAGGCCAGCAUCACCUGUGUUAAAGCAUAGAUACAUGCUUGUUUUUAUGUAGGAAAAGUCAUUUUGUCAACAAUACAGAAGAGAACUACAGAAUAG